GUCUCUCCACUCCCGCCUCCAGAGUCCAAGGGUCCAAGUGGUAGGCUGUUUGAGGUCUGCUGGGCACUACAAAGGGAGUCUGCACUGGAGAAGGUUGGUGGGUGGGCGACAUGGCAUUCGAGGAGCUGCUAGACAAGGUGGGCGGCUUUGGGCCCUUCCAGCUGUGGAACGUGGCACUGUUGGCCCUGCCCCGUGUGCUGCUGCCCAUGCACUUUCUCUUGCCCAUCUUCCUGACUGCCGUGCCGGCCCACCGCUGUGCCCUGCCUGGAGCCCCUGCCAACUUCAGUCACCAGGACGCAUGGCUGGAGGCCCACCUGCCCCGGGAGCCUGAUGGCAGGUUCAGCUCCUGCCUCCGCUUCACCCAUUCCCGGGCCCUCCCCAACACCACGUUGUGGGGACUCGGGCAGAGCCCUGGGGAGCAGCUGGAGGGUGAGCCCUCCACAGUGCCCUGCCCUCAGGGCUGGGAAUACGACCACUCGGAGUUCUCCUCCACCAUUGCAACUGAGGUUUGGGCGGCGCCGUCUGCUGCUGGUGGCCUAUGUGAGUGCCCUGGUGCUCGGCCUGGUGUCUGCAGCUUCAGUCAGCUACACCAUGUUCGCCAUCACCCGCACCCUCACUGGCACAGCCCUGGCUGGCUUCACCAUCAUCGUGAUGCCACUGGAGCUGGAGUGGCUGGAUGUGGGACACCGCACUGUGGCCGGUGUCCUGAGCAGCACCUUCUGGACAGGCGGCGUGAUGCUGUUGGCACUGGUCGGCUACUUGAUACGGGACUGGCGAUGGCUUCUGCUGGCUGUCACCCUGCCUUGUGCCCCAGGCAUUCUCAGCCUCUGGUGGGUGCCUGAGUCUGCACGCUGGCUUCUGACCCAGGGCCGUGUGGAGGACGCCCAUAGGUACCUGCUCCGCUGUGCCAGGCUCAAUGGGCGGCCCGUGGGCGAGGACGGCCUGAGCCGGGAGGCCCUGAGCAAAGUGGCUGCUGCCGAGCGAGUGGUCCGAAGACCCUCAUACGUAGACCUGUUCCGGACACCAAGGCUCCGACACAUCUCACUGUGCUGCAUGGUGGUGUGGUUUGGAGUGAACUUCUCCUAUUACGGCCUGAGCCUGGAUGUGUCGGGUCUGGGGCUGAACGUGUACCAGACGCAGCUGCUAUUUGGGGCAGUGGAGCUGCCCUCCAAACUGUUGGUCUAUCUGUCCGUGCGCCACGCGGGACGCCGGCUCACGCUGGCCGGAACGCUGCUGGGCACCUCCCUCUCCUUGGGCUUCAGGCUGCUGGUGUCCUCUGAGAUGAAAUCCUGGAGCACUGCCCUGGCGGUGUUGGGGAAGGGUUUUUCUGAAGCUGCCUUCACCACUGCCUACCUGUUCACAUCAGAGCUGUACCCUACUGUGCUCAGACAGACAGGGAUGGGGCUGACUGCACUGGUGGGCCGGUUGGGAGGCUCUUUGGCCCCACUGGCAGCCUUGCUGGAUGGAGUAUGGCUGUCACUGCCCAAGCUCGCUUAUGGGGGGAUCGCCUUGCUGGCUGCCUGCACUGCCCUCCUGCUACCAGAGACAAAGCAGGCACAGCUGCCAGAGACCAUCCAAGACGUGGAGAGGAAGAGUGCCCCAUCCAGCCUUCAGGAGGAAGAGAUGCCCAUGAAGCAGGUCCAGGACUGAGUGGUAUCAAGGGCAGGCCCUCCGCACAAGUUCUGCAGCAGGGGCUGAGAGAACAGAGGGCAGGCCCCGUGACCGGGGCUGGGGGCAUCAAGCCCCCUGUCCAGGGCUGGAGUUGCCCCCUCUCUGUGCUCAUCCAGCCUUGACUAUUUGGCCUCCAGCAGCAGAGCAACUUCCCAGAAUGCAGUGGGCUGCUAGAGAAUUCUGGCACCCCUCUCAUGACUGGGGGAUUCUGUAAAUAAAGGCGCCCCUGGGGUUGGGGCAACAGUGAGGAGCUGUGGGAUGAGCCCAGGAUGGGAAGCCACUGAAUCUGGCCCUGGGUUCUAGUCCCAGUUUUGCCACUGAUUUCUGGGUGACCUUGGGCAUAUGGUUUUCUCUCUCUGGGUCUGGUCAUCUCUCAAAUAGAAAAGUGAAACCUCCUCGUAGACCUCACCACAGGAUUUAUCUGCUGUCAUGCUCAAAUGAAAUGUCGAAGAAGGUGCUUCCUCUAGAGAUGGUGCUAAACAAAGGGCUGUCCUGUAAUGACUUCUGAUACCCACAGGGCUGGUGGGCAUGCUGUCCACUGUGUGGUGCUGGGGGCUGCACAAUGCCAGAGCCAGGGGACCAGGAUAACACGGCUCUUUGUUCCAAUAGCUGGUUCUGCUACCUCCCAGGCACUCUGCAGCGCAAUGCAGCCCCCCGCCCCUACACUCCCCAUCCUCCAACCCACUGUCUAGGCCUCAUGCCUAAAGAAGAGUUGAAGGCAUGGGAGCCACCAUUUUAUUGGAGAAGCCCAAAUAAACACAAGUUUUAUGAGUA